CGGACCUCCUUGAGUUUUGGUCCAAUUAGACUCAGAGUUGGGCUUCUGGGCGGGGCCGAGGGAAACCCAAGGAAUAGUUCGGGGUUUGGGGGCCCAUGUGGGAAGCUCAAAAGGAGAAGUGGCAGGGGUCUCUGGUAGACUAACUCUAGAUUCCGUGCAACCAACCUCUCCCUCCCCCUCCCCCGAAAUCCAUAAUCUUAACGGGGAAGAUAGUAGGUCCCCUAGCUCUUUCAAAAACCCUCAGGAGCUGGACUGGGCUCCUGAGUCGGGCCUAGUGUUGGAAGGCAUGAGUCGGAGAUCAAGGGAGUGCUUCGCUGGUUAGGGUGCAUGGGGCUCUAUUUCCUAAGAAGGGUAUGCCCUGCACAUUAGGGGUAUUGGUCUUGGGGGAGAGUGGACGAAGUUUCCCUGUGUCAAAAGGGUGGCUGGGUGUCUUGGUUAACUUUGUCGAGUCCCUAACUUGAGGGAUUUGGGGUGUAUUUUUGGUUUGAGGGAACUUUGAGUUUGAUAAUACGCAGGAUGGCUGGGUACUGUGUAGUUUAUUUGGUUUGAGCACUGAAAUUUCAGUUUGAGGUACAGGUUUUGGGGUUCUUGGGGUCUCUGAGCAUUGAUCCAUUUGAGGUUUGGGAUUUGGGGUCACAUCGAUUUGGGGAAGUUGGAAAGGCAUGGAUUGGGAUUUGGGGAGCCUGUGUGGUUUAGGAGUCCGGGGUCCGGCUUUAAUGCUUUUGUGGUCUCUCAUUUGGGAUACAAUGAAGACCCUAAAUUUGGGGGGCCAUGGAUUGGGAUUAUGUCUCAUACUUUGGAGACGCUUGAUGAAGGAUAUGUCUUAGUUUGGAGAUUUCCUAAAGAUCCUGUUUCCUGAGGACCUUACAGAGAGGAGGCUCAGUGAGAUCUCCUAAAAUGAGCUUUGGUGUCUUCCCUUUCAGUGGGCACCUGCUCUCUGUUUGGGGUGAGAGGGCCCUCCCUGUUGGUGUUCGAGGACCACAUGCUCUAGCUGCAAUGGGCCUGCGUUUUGCCCUCCUGUUGGUAGCCCUGGCCUGCUGCCUGCUGCCUGCAGGGUGCUGUAUCAUAUGUGACCCGUCUGUGGUGGCAGCGCUAAAGUCCUUGGAAAUAGAUUACCUGCCUGGCCACCUGGGCACACAGCAUCAUGCAGACGUGAUGCAGAUGGUAGAGCAGGCCGUGAAGGAUUUCCAGAACCUGCAGUUCAAGGAGGAGUCCUACAUGGGGGCCAUUGAUGAGGACACACUGCAGCAGGCAUCCUGGAGUUUUCUGAAGGAUCUGAAACGUAUUACAGACAGUGAUGUAAGAGGGGAGCUCUUCGUGAAGGAGCUGCUUUGGAUGCUGCACCUACAGAAAGAGAACUUUGCCAGCCUUGCUAAGCGGUUCCAAAAGGAGGGUGAGGAAGGCCAGGAUCCCAGGACCCCAGCCCCAUCCUACAACCCUAGAGUUCCUGUCUCCAGCCCCUUACGUCUGAGUCCAGUCCCUCCACCUCCUCAUCUCUUCCCUGCGACCCUGAGGGGACCUUGCUCAGCUUAUUGUCCUAACAAAUGUGGCAUGAUGUUGCAGACUCUGAUCUGGUGCAACAAAUGCAAGAAGGAGGUCCACACCUGUCUGAAGUCCUACGAUUGCGGGAGUCGCAGUGUGGAGGUCCAUCAGAUGGAAGACAUGAUCCUGGACUGUCACCUCAACUGGCACCAGGCCUCUCAAGGACUCACUGACUACAGCUUUUACAGGGUGGGCCCUCCAACUCCUGUAACCCUUGAGCCCAUGUCCACUGGGCUCCCUCCUGCCCCUGGUCUGCUGGCCCCCGGGUCCACUGGCCUGCACCCAGCCCUCCUGACCUGUGACCCAUCAGGCGUGGCUACUGACCUGCCGGGGACCCCAUGUCCUGACCGGUGUCGCCCUGAGUUCCCCUCGCUCACCCUGAGGCCCCGCGAUUUUCUCACCCCAGUUCUCUCCAACCUCUGAAUUUCCCAAACUUCUGUGACCCUUUGAGCUUGGGUCUAGGUUUGGGGGAACAAUUCUGAGACCUUGGUGUCCAAGGGAAAGGAGUCCCUCCUGACCAAGCCCUUGGUGGGGCCAGAGGAUGCAGGCG